GCAGGGCCUGGCCGAGGCCGAGGCCGGGGCGCCCGCGGGUCCUAGGGGUGGCGGGGAGCCGGAGCCGCGGGGCCGCCCCGCAUCGCCCGCAACGCACCGCCACCUUCCUCCUCGGGGACGGCCGCGGCCAUCGGGUUCUAAAUGGCUUCUAGGAAGUCGGGUUCAGAUUUUCAUGGGCCUUUCAGUUACCUCGACGAUGUCCCAUUUAAGAUAGGAGACAAAUUCAGGAUCCCCGCUAAAGUUGGUUUACCCAUCGGUUUCUGUUUACCUGACUAUUCACAGAUUGUCAAGGAAGCACAGUAUGACUUCGCCUUGGAGAGGAGGACGAUCGAGUGGGCCGAAGACGUCCGGAAGAUCCAGGAAGCGCAGCGGGAAGCCGCGCGGCAGGCGGGAGCAGAAGCCGAGGGGCCGGUCGGUUCCGGGGCCGGGGCCGACGCCAAGCCCCCGGGCCCCGCGGACGUCCCCGCCUCCCAUCAACCCCGUCCUCCAGCCAGCUUGCAGCACAACAACAUUCUCACCCCAACCCGGGUCAGCAGCAGCGCCCCGAAGCCCCAAGGCGCUGAGCCGCCCCAGGCCAACGCGGCCUUCAACCCCGCCGACUUCGAGUGCGAAGAAGACCCCUUCGACAACCUGGAGCUGAAGACCAUCGACGAGAAAGAGGAGCUGCGGAACAUUCUCGCGGGGACCCCCGGGCCCCUCGUGGCCCAGAUCCUGGACAGCAACUUGCCCAAAGGAGGGCCCGGGGCGCUGCUGCAGGAGCAGGAGGUCCUGGCCUCCCUGGAGCGGGCCGCCCUGGACUUCAAGCCCCUCCACAAGCCCAACGGCUUCGUCACGCUGCCGCAGCUGGGCGGCCGGGAGAGGAUGUCGCUGUCUUCCAAAGUCUCCCUCCCGCCGGCCCCCCCCGUGAGCAAUAUCAAAUCCCUGACCUUCCCCAAGCUCGACUCGGGAGGAGGCGAGCCGAAGACGGCGCCGGCGAGCCCUUUCCACGGCCGCCGCCGCCUCCGCAACGGCACUUUCCUCAGUUCCCUAAAGCCCGCUCCCCAGCACCGAGCCGGCGACCUCAACGGACACCGGGGGCCGGGGCCCUCGGCUCGCGGGCGCGGACGGCGGCCCGGAGACGGCGGCCCGCUCCCCCCCGCCCGCCCGCCUCCCCCGUCCCCGGCCCGGCCGAGAAGCACGGGAAAGAACGGCGGCUCGCGCGAGCGCUGGCCGGUCACCGGACGCGGGGGGCGGGUCAGGCCGGGGAAACCGUGUCUCUUCGUGGGCGACCGGGAUGACGUCCUGCCCUGCCCGCCCGGGUCUUCUCUCCUCCUCCUCCGCUUAACCGCCCGGGCUCCGUUUCUUCUCUCCGCUCCCCCCGCCCCGCCAGGUCCCAACCGACGACGUCCCACCGUCGCAAGCGCCCACGGCCGCCACCCCCGCCACCCCCCCCCCACCACGGCCACCGCCACCGGCUGCUCCGCCUGGUCGAGCGGGCCGGCCUCCCCCGACCUGCAGGGCCUGUCGUCCGGCGAGCGGCAGUGCGUGGAAACGGUCGUCAACAUGGGCUACUCCUACGACCGCGUCCUGAAAGCCAUGAGGAAGAAAGGAGAAAACAUAGAGCAGGUUCUCGAUUACCUGUUCGCCCACGGGCAGCUCUGCGAGAAGGGCUUCGACCCUCUGCUGGUGGAGGAAGCGUUGGAGGUGUGCCAGUGCUCAGAGGAGAAGACCGCAGAAUUCCUCCAGUUAAUGAGUAAGUUUAAAGAGAUGGGCUUUGAACUGAAGGACAUUAAGGAGGUUUUGUUGUUACACAACAACGACCAGGACAAUGCCUUGGAAGACCUCAUGGCGCGCGCGGGGGCCAGCUGAGAACGGUACCCCCACCCCGACGGCCCCCCGCCCUCCCCCCCGCCGAGAUGGCGCCGGCCCACCCGGCGGAGACCGGCCUGCCCCUCGCUCUUCCCCGGGGACGGAGAGGACGGAUUUCGCGGGGAUUUGGUUUUUUUUUUUUGUACGUCGUCGGAAAUACCAGCUGCUCUCUGGUCGGGGGAGGCCCUGGUCGGAACCCUACUGGGUUUUCUUUUGAGGUUUUUGUUGGGGGAGAUCCUUCCCCUACCCCCGGCGCCGCCCCCCCCACGCCCCCGGUCCUGGGUCGCCCUCUCCUUUCCCGUCCCUCCCCGCCCCCCAGCCUAGCCACGGAGGGUCGUUCCGCCGCCCCCGCCGGAGUUCACUGUAGAUCCCCACCCAAGUCCCCGGGACUUCGGACCGUGGGGGCGCGCGGAGGGGCCGCCCCGGUCGGGAGAUGCUUUCACACUGCGCGCGGCCGGGACGGCCCCCGCCGUCGCGGCCCGGCCGGGCGGACCCCGUAGUGCAAUGGAGAGUGCCCGGUUUCCUUCGAAAGCCGGGCGGAGAGUCGGUCUCUACACUUAGUGCAACACUGGUUUCCCAGAAGCCCUGGCGGGACGAAGGUGCCCCUUCGGUUUCCCGUUCCUUCCGGCCCCCGGCUCCUCCCCGUGUCAGCGACGGCAGCGGGCGUGCCACGGGUCUUCCCCCCGCCCCGGUCACCCUCGACCCUGGAGCGGGGCCGGCGCCCCGACCUCCCCGCCCCGGGGCCUAGGUAGGUUAUUUGGGCGGGUGUCCCUUCUAGGGAACGAGUCGGCCGCCCGCCCGAGGGAGUCGGUGUCGAAACGGCGAGUCCUCUCAAGCACUUUUAAUAAAAACCAGCUGCCCUUCUAACACAGCAUUAGUUCUGAUCUCUCCCUCCCACGCUGUUCUCGGAGGAGAGUCCCGAAGCUUCGGAACGACAUACUCUGUACCCGCCUAGUUACUAGAAAUCGGUUUCGGGGGAGGGGGGGCUCCGUUUUGAUAGUACGAAGUGUAUUAUGUUGUACAUUGUUAAAGAUCUAAAUACGUAAAGUAGCCUUGAUGAAUCUAAAGGAGAAUUUGCUAAAUAUUUUAAUUCUGCAGAAAGAACUACUAAUAAAAACCUAAAAAAAAGUCA